UUAUCAUUUUUACCUCUUGGCGACUCUCAAAAGAAGACGAAACACCAGUUUUCUUUUCUCCGUCUGCUCGCCCGUCGGUCGUUCUUCAGACAUCAUUUCCGAUAGAAGGUGAAUCGACAUUGCGAUUGCUUUUUUCUCUGGGUGUAUUGUGAUCCAUAGAAGAUUGUGUUUCUGUUUCAGUGCCGAAAUUCAGUUUAAGGUUUCUUGUCGAGUUGAGUUGAAGUUGUUGAUUUGAACGAUAAGAUGGAUAGUAACAAGGAUGAGGCUUUAAAAUGCAUUGGUAUUGCCAAGGAUGCAAUUGCAUCUGGCAAUAAGCAGAGAGCGCUCAAGUUUAUUAGAAUUGCACGGCGCCUUAACAGUAAUUUAUCUGUAGAAGAUCUUUUGGCUGCUUGUGAAAAUCUGGAGUCGUCAGCUGCUGGGUCCUCAAGUGAGGUUAGAAAUGUUGAAAAUGUGAAUAAUGUCACGAGUCGUGUCAAGUCUGAUGAUGUAUCUGACGGGGAGAGGAACUAUACAGAAGAACACGUGCAGUUGAUUAGGCAAAUUAAGACUAAGAAGGACUAUUACGCUAUUCUUGGUCUAGAGAAGGGUAGUUCAGUUGAGGAGAUCAGGAAAGCAUACAGAAAACUGUCAUUGAAAGUUCAUCCUGACAAAAAUAAGGCUCCGGGCUCUGAAGAGGCGUUUAAGAAAGUCUCUAAGGCGUUUAAGUGUUUGAGUGAUGAUGAUUCCAGGAGGCAGUAUGACCAGACUGGUUUGGCUGAGGAAUUUGAGUAUAAUCAGCAGCAUAAUGUUAGACGCAGGAGGAGAACUGGGCACAGCUAUUAUGAUGAUGAUUUUGAUCCUGACGAGAUUUUCAGGGCAUUUUUUGGUCGUUCUGAUAUGUUUAGGACAUCUCAUGUUUACAGGACAAGAACAAAUGCUGCUCCACAGAGAGAGGAUUUAGGUUCCACUGGGCCUAACUUGCUUCUCCUCCUUCAGUUAUUACCAUUUUUGCUUAUCAUCUUACUUGCUUAUCUUCCUUUCUCGGAGCCUGAGUAUUCUUUGCAGAAGAACUACCAAUAUCAGUUUAGGAAGAUUACAGAAGAACAUGGAGUAGAAUAUUUUGUUAAAUCGCCUGAAUUUGAUCAGAAAUAUCCUCUUGAUAGUCCUGCUCGAGAAAACAUUGAAGACCAUGUUAUCAGGGAUUACAAAAAUAUGCUUGGUCGUUACUGUCAUAUAGAACUCCAAAGGCGACAAUGGAACAGGAAGUACCCAACUCCUCACUGUGACAGGCUUCAAACGUUUGGAGUAGCAUGAGGUCUGUUCACUAGAUGGAUGGAGCUUUCAGGUGCUAGUUGAGCAUUUUUGUAUACCCUGAAGAAAGAGUCUUGGCAGAUAAGGCAAGUAUUGAAGCUUCAUUUCCGCCAGUUAUGACCAGCCAUCGUUCUCAUCUUGCUAUGGAUGUCUAUUCGCUUGACAACACAGAAAGACUUGAGGCUGCUUGACACCUUAUUAAACUUUUCAUUUAGCAGUAUUGUUAUUUUUGCAGUGGUCGGGUACUUCAUCUAUUAAUAGCUUCUGCAACCUGCUAACACAGCUGGUAGUCAUAGGAAACUGAAGGAAUGCAAUAUAUAAUGAAAUAAGCCUGGAAAGUUUUCCGGGGCUUGGAUUACCUUGCUUUUGGAGAGAAACCUUGUUAUUUUGUGUACUUGCUAGUCAUGCAUAUCCAGGCUGUUAAACUGUAUGAUGAGUGAAAAUACACACGCAAAGCUUUAAUGGAGUUCUUGAUUUAUUUAUUUGUUGUAGAAGCUA